AGGUGUGCCGCCCCGCCCCGGCCAGAUCGUGAGAACAGUAAGCCCGGCCCACAGAGAAGCAUUUUUAAAGACACAGUCAUAGGGAUUGAUACCAGGUCCACCAUGGAGGUUCCCCCAGCCACCAAGUUUGGUGAGACUUUUUCGUUCGAGGACAGGAUAGAGACGCAGCAAGAACUUUUCCCAGGGGAGGACCUCGGCGACCCUUUUCUUCAGGAAAGGGGUCUGGAGCAAAUGGCUGUUAUCUACAAGGAGAUCCCUCUUGGGGAGCAAGACGAGGGACGAGACGAUUACGAGGGGAACUUCCGUCUGUGCUCAAGCCCUGUUGAGCAUCAGAGUCCCCCCGCAGUACGCAGACCGCAGGAUGACGAGCUCUUUGGCCAAACCCUCCUCCAGAAACGCGACCUCAGCGUGUGCCAGGGAGUCCACAGCGGGGCAGAGUCCAGCCCACCAGAUCACGAGGACACAGGCAGCGGGGACUCGGGACCUCACGCCCUUCAGACGACUCCCCAGCCAGCCAAACCCUAUGCGUGCCGCGAGUGCGGGAAGGCCUUCAGCCAGAGCUCGCACCUGCUCCGCCACCUGGUGAUCCACACCGGGGAGAAGCCCUACGAGUGCUGUGAGUGCGGCAAGGCCUUCAGCCAGAGCUCGCACCUGCUCCGCCACCUGGUGAUCCACACCGGGGAGAAGCCCUACGAGUGCUGUGAGUGCGGCAAGGCCUUCAGCCAGAGCUCGCACCUGCUCCGCCAUCAGGUCAUCCACACGGGGGAGAAGCCCUACGAGUGCCCUGAGUGCGGCAAGGCCUUCCGCCAGAGCUCGGCCCUCACGCAGCACCAGAAGAUCCACACGGGGAAGAGGCCCUACGAGUGCAGGGAAUGCGGGAAAGACUUCAGCCGGAGCUCCAGUCUCCGAAAACACGAGCGGAUUCACACGGGAGAGAGGCCUUACCAGUGUAAGGAGUGCGGCAAGUCCUUCAACCAGAGCUCGGGCCUGAGCCAGCAUCGGAAGAUCCACACCCUCAAGAAACCCCACGAGUGCGACCUCUGCGGGAAAGCCUUUUGUCACAGGUCGCACCUCAUCCGCCACCAGCGCAUUCACACGGGCAAGAAACCUUACAAGUGCGAAGAGUGCGGGAAGGCCUUCAGCCAGAGCUCCAACCUCAUCGAGCACCGGAAGACCCACACUGGCGAGAAGCCCUACAAGUGCCACAAGUGCGGGAAGGCCUUCAGCCAGAGCUCGUCGCUCAUCGAGCACCAGCGGAUCCACACCGGGGAGAAGCCCUACGAGUGCUGCCAGUGUGGCAAGGCCUUCUGCCACAGCUCGGCGCUCAUCCAGCACCAGCGGAUCCACACCGGCAAGAAGCCCUACGCCUGCGAGUGCGGCAAGGCCUUCCGGCACAGGUCGGCCCUCAUCGAGCACUAUAAGACCCACACCAGGGAGAAGCCCUACGUGUGUAACCUCUGCGGCAAGUCCUUCCGGGGGAGCUCGCACCUGAUUCGGCACCAGAAGACCCACGCUGGGGAGAAACCGUAGGAGCAGCCACGGCUGGAACUCGGAAGCCUUCUCCAGACGGAGCCUGGACCCCACAUCGCUAUGCGUCUAGGACCACCUACCUCCCUGAUAACGAUGCUCAGUGGAGCCCCCCAGAUGCUCCUGAGCGUCCCCGCUAGCUGGGAGCCACACCUGCCACCUUCCCAGCAGGCUUCCUGGGAGGGCGGGAGGGAGGGCAGGGCGAGGGAGGUGAGCCAGAGCCAGAGAGGACAGCCGGCUCUCACUUUUCUCAUUCUCACACGUGACUCCCAAACCCCCAAGAGUGAGUUCUGCCCUCUCUUCACUUUGUCUUUUUAAUUUUAGAAUCCACAAGAAGAGGAAACGUCAAGAGAGAAAGUUGAGUUAAACCCAGGAAGAUGUCAGAUUACUCCCCGCCCCCCUUGAAGUCAGGCUGCAGCCUGGCACUUUCGGAAGACGGAACUCGCCCUCGCAGUCCAAAUGAGCUGAAGAAAAGUGAAUUUAAAAGUAGAUACAGUCACAGCCAGAUGGGAUUUCCUGCCUGGGUUAGGCAUCAGUAGGGACAAGCCCAAAGGUUUUCAGAGCAGAGGAAGGUUCUGGAAUGAUUGGUUUUGGGGUGAGGGUGGCAAGCCCUGGGCAUGGUCUCGUCACCCUCUCUUUACUGUGAGGACGGGCAGCAGGCACUACUGCCCUCCCGGAGCAGCCCCCCGAGACUCAGUGCCCGAAGACCGCAGCGUGCCUUGGGCAUUAGCAGGGCCCGUUUCCAGCCUCAGGGGGUGUGGGGAGUGGGGUGGCCCAGUGGAGGAGGCCAUGGUUCAGUCAGGUCAGUCCAAGUUCUGCCCUCUCUUACCUGCAUGACCUUGAGCAGGUCCCACAGCCUCGUGAGGCUCUGACUUUUCAUCCUCGUGACAGGGGUGAUGGGACCUGGCCACAGACCUGUAAGUCGGGGGGCGGGAGGCAGGGGGCAGGGUUCCCAAUCAGAAAUAGGCCACUUGUGAAAGUGCCUUGGCAACCGAGCAGUCUCUGGUAGCAUUUGAGGACAGACCCAGAGCGGCCCCUACCCCACCUCGUGCAGACCAGAGGAGGGUCCCCGGGAAAUGGGGCUCUUCCGUCACAGCAGGGCUAGCACUGCGUGACUUUCCCUCCCCCCUACAGCCUGUAGCUGGUGAUGCAGCGACACCCCACAUGGACGCUUCCAAGCCUCCACCACCGGUGCCCAUGCUCCCACAUUGUCCCUGUCUUCCCCUCCGGCCUCGCCUGUGGAUUUUUUCAAAGUACCAUCGCCUGCCUCCUGCAAACCACUCAUUGUCCCCAGGGUUUGGGCCCCAGCGGUGGUAUGUUUUCAAAGCUCCCCGAUGGUCGGUGUGGCCAGGCUGUGAGCCGGUCCUGGGUGCUCAUGCAAUCCCCGGUAGCCUCCAAAGGUCACUCUGAGCGAGCAGCGCCUGAAGGCCUUUGUGGCUCAGGACCCCUUGCCCCCUGGCCCCCACGAAUGGGCUCAGAAACUGAAGUCCUCUGGCCAUUAAUAAAGGGUCCACCGCAGGCUAUGGGAAGCUCUUUACUGCUGGUUCUCCCCAGGCUUCUCAGAGCUAGUGGAGGAAGAAGCAGUCUGACCUGUUUUUGAGUUUUCCAGAAGUUUUUGGCUGGAGUCACAUGCACUCAUCCUGGUAAGUCUGAUCAGAAGCUCAGCACGGCAGGACAUACAGUUCUGACGAAUAAACCUAGGAAAGCCUUAAUUGUCACUUGGUAAGUUGGGCUUCGCAGGCCAGAGAUUUGAAAACGAAGGUGAAGGCUGGACAGAUGAUAGCAGGUGUCCGGGCCGCCCCCCCUGGCCAGCCCCUGCCUCUGCUGCAUGAGCGUGGAGCAAAGAGCCGGAAAGCCAGUGUUCCCCAGAACCUCCGCCCCACCAGCUGGACAGCCUUGCCCACCGUCUGCAGGUGGCCGGUACCCUGAGGGUCCUCAGUCACUUGUCAAGAGUGAAGAGACAAUGCCUCCUGACACUGGGACGGUAGGUGGCAUCAGGCAAGGGGCCCUGAAGAUCUACCUCCACUUCACACCCCCUCCCCCAUUCCACCUCAGCUGCCUUGAGCCAGCCUGUCCUUACUGGGCAAGUGUCUGUCGCCUGACUUUGGUCUCCUUCCCCAGGCUUCCUGCACAUCCCGGCCAAAUUGAUUUUUUAAAGCAUCAUUUUGCACAUGUCACCACUCUCCUUAAAACCAACCUUCAGGAGCUUUUCUGCACGUAAACGCUUGUUUCGGCCCAUCUGAUUGACCCCCAUGAAUGAGCCCCGGGGAGUUCAAACUGCCCCUGCUCUGUACUCUAGAUGUUCACUCCAAGGGGCUUGUGGUUCACCUUUGCUGUUCUCACAUAGUGGAAUAUGCACUUUCUCCUCCUCCCGCCUCCCCUUCUCAACUUGGGGACUAAGGUGCCCCCCCUGCCCCAUCAUUCAAGGGUGCAUAGAUUCUCACACAAACGUGGUUAGACCAGGACUAUUUUGGAAGUAUGAACACAGUGGUAUGUUUCUAGUUUCUUCUGUUCAGAUUCUUUCACUGUUUUUGUGUGUAUUAUUGUGGGGUUUUUUUGUUUGUUUUUUGGGUUUUUUUUUUUUU